UGAUUCGAAUUUAGUCGAAGUUUUAAUUCAGACUCCGAACAUGGAUGAGAAAUUAAAAAGAACAAGAGAAUACUUAUAAAAUAUUGUUUAUUCCCUCUUAAAAAUUUAUUCCCUUUUUACAUUACAAACUAAUUAUAAAUACACAUAUACACCAUUUAUUCAUUUCUCAAACUAAGAAAAAAGAAAAAAAAUAUUUAAGCCAAAAAAAAUAAAAAUGAGAACUGUGAGUACCUUCAUUGCUACUCCAUCAACAAUUGAACCAGUUGAAUCAACGGUGAAAACUACUUUUUCGCCGGUGGAGAGUUUCCAGAGAUCGCCGUGGCAUUCACCGGCGGCGUACCUAUUCAUCGGUGUUGCAGCGAUGCUAGGGUUAAUAGCAUUUGCACUUGUAAUUUUAGCUUGUUCUUAUUUAAAACGCUCCGGCGAGACUAGCGAUAGUACCGAUGAUCUGGAAUCCGGCGCCGGUGAGAAAUCUUCCGGAGAUUUAGUUAAAUUUGUGCCGAUUUAUGAAGAGAAAAUUGUAGUGAUAAUGGCUGGAGAUUUGAAUCCAACUUUUUUAGCUACGCCAAUUUCGAGCAAAAGCUCUUCGUUUGGAGAUGAAAAUGGAAGUAAAAUUGAGAAGAAAUUGGAGAUGGAGGAUGAAGAAUUAGCUGAUGAGAAGUUGAAAGAUGAAGUUUUUAGGGACCAAAAUCAUGAACAAAGUCACUGAGCUCAAAAAGGCGUGAAUAUUCGUAUCGGAGCUCGAUUAAUUGAUUCGGAGACUGCUCCCUAGUUUACGAAGAAACGAUCUAUCCAUCAUAUCAAAUCCUUUGACAAUUUUUUUU